CGUGUCACGACUCGCUAGCUCGCUCCCUGUCACCAGUGCGGCAUCAUUCAUAGUGGCCAACGGAAGUUCCGUUUAAAUUAUAAAAUUGCAGGAAAUUCAAACGGCAUUAUAACAACAAUGCCUCCGAAACGAGCGUUGUGGUCUGAGGAAAACCUGGAAGCGGCGGUACGAGCAGUACAGUGUGGACGGCUAAGCACUUACAAAGCUGCCGAAAGGUACAAAGUGCCCAGAAGAACUAUCAGGAACCACCUUCAGACCGGCAGUUUAAAAAAAGUCUUGGGUCGGAAACCUUUACUUAACGACGAACAAGAGGCUGAUCUUGUGAGUAGAAUUUUGAGGUUUGCUGAAAUAGGUGUACCUAUGACACCAAGGAUUCUCCGACGGUUAGUCUUCAAAUUUUGCGAGCUAAAUAACAUCAAGCAUCCCUUCAAUCAACAAGAUAAAGUUGCUGGUAAAGAUUGGUUAAAGAAAUUUAUGGAGAGACAUCCGGAGAUGUGAGAUCUCCGGAUAGGCUCCGGAUAGGAUAGAAAGGCUCAGUUUAUGAACCCAGCCAGGGCUCAAAAGCUGAAUAAAUUUAUCGUAGACGAUCACUUUAAGAGACUGAAUGAAGUUUAUGAUAAAUUGGAUCUCAAAACUCAUCCUGAAAAGAUCUAUAACAUGGAUGAGAAAGGUUGCCGCCUGACGAUUCACCAUCAGCAGACUGUAUUGGCAAAAAAAGGGGCCAAAAGGGUCCAUUUACAAUCAUCAGAACACGCUGAAAGCGUCACAAUCGCCGGUUGUGUCAAUGCACUUGGUAGUGCCCUACCACCCAUGGUAAUUUUUAAAGGCAAACGUUUGAAACCUGAAUUAUAUGACAACUUACCACCAGGAUCAUUAGUAGAGAAAUCUGCUAAGGGUUAUAUGACAAAUGAACUAUUCAAAGAGUUUUUGAAGCACCUAGCUCAAUACAAAAGUCCAGGAAAGUGUCUUCUAAUAUUUGACGGGGCAGCUUCUCACUUAGACCUAUCCAUCGUGGAAGUUGCAGAUUCACUCGACAUAGCAUUAUACUGUUUGCCCUCAAACACCACGCAUGAACUGCAACCACUCGAUAAGGCGGUUUAUCGAUCAUUUGAACAUCAUUGGGAUGCAGAACUUUUGUUAUUCAUGGAACAAAAUCCAGAUAAAAAACUAACAAAGGCACGGUUCAAUAUUAUCCUUUCUAAUGUUUGGUCUAAAUGCAUGACACAUAGAAACAUAACAAGCGGUUUUAAAGCGACUGGUUUGUAUCCAUUUAAUCCUCAAGCUAUUCCGGAAACAGCAUUUGCCCCGUCUGUACUAACAGAAGUACCAGCUCAUGUAUCUGAUGCUGUUGAUGUAGAAAAUUUGCCGCCUUGCAUCGCCCCCAGGCCAAUAACCCCCGUGAUCUCCAAACCAUCGACGUCAAUGCAGGAACAAAAAAGUUCCGACGACGACGAGGAUAAUAUACCGCUUGCCCAAAUUAAAGGAACAGCGUUUAAGCAGCUCAUGCCUACACCUGCUAAGAACACUGAAAAAACACCAACAGUAAGAAGAAAGGCCAUCAAUUACAGAGGAACUCCAGUGACCAAAGACCUGUUCUACAAAAAUAAAAUAGAGAAAAAGACCAAAAAAAUAAAAAAGAUUAGAGAUGAUACUAGCACUAAAGAAAACAAUGAGAGUUGGUACUGUCACGGAUGUAACGAGGACGAAAAGGCUGCUAUGAGGCAAUGUUUUAAAUGCAGCAAGUGGUAUCAUGAGGAGUGCGUUGGUUUGUCAGAGGAGGAUGAUGAUAAUUUUGAGUGUCCUGAAUGUAACUAA